AUGCGUGCUAAGUGGAGAAAGAAGAGAGUUAGAAGACUUAAGAGAAAGAGACGGAAGGUGAGAGCUAGAUCCAAAUAA